GCUAGACGCUGGUACCCGCGCGCGCAGUCACGGCAGCCACGCUCCUUCCGCCCGCCGGAGUCCAGGUGUGGGCGCAGCGCUAAGCUGAGUUGCGAUACACUCGGCUUGGGGCGGUGUGCGUAGCUGUUCUGCGGCCCUGCGACCUCGGCGACAGAAUGCGCAUAGGUAGAGCUUCAGUUCUAAGCAACACUGUCACCAAUAUCUUGAUCAUUUAAGUUGAACAUGUGAUAUGCUUGCGCUCUAGGUAAAGCAGGUAUUGAGACCAUAUAUCAGGCACUGAAAAAAAGGUUGGAAUGAAUUACGGCCCUGUGGAGUUGACCUCAGAGAAGUUUCCAUCAGCCUCAGGUUUCACUUAAAAAUGCCUUAAACGUAUGUAUGUGCGUAAGUAUGUAUACUACUGAAAGUGUUGGGAAAUCAACACUUUGUUACAAAGUCUUGUAACACCCAGAACGAUUCCAUUGCAGCGAAGACUUAGUGGACUCCUAGUCAGAAGCCUUCCAAAUUAAUUGGACACUCUUUUUCCUGCCAUUUCAAGACUUUUCAGUUUUCUAGUUUCCCUUCCCACUGCUGUCUCAACAAGUGCCCACCAUGCCCCACCCCCAGAAUUAUUUCUCUUUAUAAAAAUACUUUCCUCUUCUAUGCAUUUACUAAAUCACAUUGGCUUCUCCCGGUAUGACCGUUUCUUCUAUCUCAAUAUGGCCACGUGCUGGAAAUAAUUUCUUUCUCAUCUGAACUUUUAUAGAUAGAUAUAUGCUGUACCUGUCCAGUGACACUGUCUUUAUUAACUACAAUUGUUAUAUCUUUUUUCCCCUAACUAGACUGUACACGUUCUGAAAGUAGGGACCAUACCAUAUUUAUCUUUUGAUUACUGCACUGUUUUUCAGACUGAGGGAGGUGUAUUCUUGGAGUAUACUCUUAAGAGAAUUGUUGAUACUAGUAUCUUUCCAUAAUGAUUUUUAAAGGUAGUAUAAGCAUUUAGGCCAUUUGGAUAACCAACUGAACCCUGAAACCUACCAUGCUAUGUCAGUGCCCACAGUUAUUUGUAUUUGUUAUCACAUUUUGGUGCCAAGAAAGAAAACUGGCUAAACUAAAUGAUAGAUGUGCCACAGGUGCAAAACAAAUGACAUGCUGUAUGAACAAAGGUUUUUCAGCAAGCUAAAUAAAGUGGUGAGAGAACUGAUUUUUCCCUACAGCAUGGAAUAGCUUGUGUGCCAAAUCAAAAGAACGUGUGUGGUCAUAAGCCAGUACAGUUGUUAUGUCAGGUAACUGUUUAGUUCAGCACGUUUUCAUUUCAUUAGUUUUCAGUUCUGUUUGUAUUAAUUUGUAUUCAUUCGUUCAUGGUUGUGUAAGAGCUUUAGCAUAUAGUUUAUGCCUGGUUUUAUGGCUGAAUGUAUUUAAAAAACAAAAUACAAUAACUUAGACACAGCCUGGGGGUCUGCCAGAAUGGUUUCCUUUUAAAAAACCACACAAUACUUUUCUCAAUUUUUAGCAGCUCUGACUUAGAUAUUCAUCUUCUUCUCCUUUACAGCUUAGGCUUAGCAAAUAAUUAGCGAAAAGCUAUCCGGUUGUGUAGACACAGGUGGUGGUGCCCUAUAAAGACUCCUCGCUUUAUUGAUCUUUGCUGUUUGUUUUCAGCUUAUAGGAACUCCACCUGGGUUCUUAAAUUAAAAACACACAAAACAUCUUUUAUCUCCUUGACUAAUUAUUCCCUAUUCCUAAAAGAAUAAUACUAACAAAUAUGACUAACCCACUAAGAACAUUUUUAAAGGACCAGGCAGCUGCUGAGCUCCUGCACUGUUGUUGCUCAUAGUUCACAGAGAAAAUGUUCUUAAGAGGAAGAAUCUGGCUUUGGUUAUAUGUCAGAACAGGUAUCAUUCUAGGAAGUGAGCUAAAUAGCCCAGAGCAACAUGGUAAAAAUAAUUGUUAUCAGCUUAACAAGUUUCACUGUAGCUUUGAGGAAGCAGAAAACUACUGCUGUGUCCAGGGAGGACACCUUGCUUACACUUGGAACCGGGAAGUUCGGGAUCUUUUCUGGGACUUUCUAGAAGAAAGGAGUAAGUGGUGGAUUGGACAAAAUCUCAUGCUGCUGGGAAAACAUCAAGAAGAAAAACAACCCAGAUGUCGCGGCCAGCAGAGUCACAAAGCCCACCAGAUGCACUUACAUGUCCAGAAACUCCAACUGGAUCUCAUCAACAGUGCACUUGGGCUCACUGGGGCAUUCUUUCAGUUGCCAGGCUGUUACUGGAGGUCAAUUCUUAUUCAAACAAGGUAUGAAACUACUAAAGUGCAGCCAUUUUCUAGAGAUAAUGUUGACAAAAUCCUUCAUUCUCAACAGGUCGCAGAUGAGCCAGCAGGGAGUUUGAACGAAGUGAUUCAUGGUUUGCAAAGUCACAGCAAACUACGGAGAGCUUGUGAGGUGCUCCAGAAACUGACGGCCUUUAUGCCAGAAUUUGUAGAAAAUAUGCUGGAAAUGGCCUUGCUGGCCCUUGGGAAGAUCAAGGAAACAUUUCUACAGCAGAGCCAGUUUUCUGAGUCUUUAGUGACUUUGACCUCUAUCAUUGCUUCUCUGAUGCUGAGCAGCCAAAACAUGUCAACCUGGCCCCUGAGCUCCUAUACUCUAGGGUCCCCAGCACCUGUGAGGUUAGGCUUUUCAAGGGCUUCAGCUUUGGAAGAGCUCUUGAACAGACAACCAGGAUUUAAUGUUCAAGUGAGUGUCAAAUUGAUUCUGACCCAAAUGGAGUUGGGAUUGAUGGCUACAGGCAUUUGGAUGCACCAUGAUACUCUGAUAUCUGAUACAUUAUUACCUUUUGGGGUGUUAGGUAAUAGAUUUCAGCAACUGAUGAAACAAAUUUUCUUGUCUCUAGGUAAUAGGACUAGCUUCAGUUCCUUCAGGGAUUUUGAUGACAAGAACAUUGUUGGAAGUAUCGAAAGUGUGUUGCUAAGCUCUAAUCAUAAAUUUUUCCAAGUCCAUGAUUUAGUGGAAGAUAUUGAGAUCAUGCUGUGGAGAAAUGUUAGCGUGGAAAUCUAUCCCACCAGCAUCAACAUGAGCUCAGACCAUUUUAUUAUGACAGUGAGCAUCACUUCCCUGGAGAAAUCCCUGAUCGUGUGCAUAGAACCUGAAAGUCCCCUUUUAAUGACGCUCUACCUGGGGUUCCAGUAUCAGCCUAACCACACUCACUUCAACCUGAACAUCACUCUUCCAAAGAAUCAGGUAUGGCAAAAAGAUGAGGAAUGUACAGGGGUGCUGGCUCCAGAGAGUCUGCAGUAUGGGAGCAGCACCUACUACACAACAGCUGUGCUGAAUAAAAGCCAGGAGAGUGCCCAGCGCACACCCACCCUGCUCUUGGUGACAACUGCGGUCACUCGCUGUCAUUUCUGGGACAGCCACAACAGCACGUGGGAGACCAUAGCGUGCCAAGUUGGGCCACAGAGUACAAUUUUGAGGACACAGUAACUGUGAGGUCACUGUAACCGCCUGACCUACUUUGGCAGCGACUUCUUCAUUGUGCCCCGGAUGGUGAACAUUGAAGACACUAUCAAGCUGCUCCUUCGUGUGACCAGCAACCCUGCUGGGGUGUCAUUGCUAGCCAGCCUUUUAGGAUUCUAUAUGCUCACCUUUGUGCGGGCUUGGAGGAAGGAUCAAACGUACAUGCAGGUGAAGGUCACUGUCCUGGCUGAUAAUGACCCCAGCUCGUUUCACUACCUCCUGCAGGUCUCCACUAAUCCUCUGAGAGCUUCCUGCAUUUUAUCUUUGCUUAUCAUGUUUUAGGUGGUUAUCACCCUCUAUGGAUCAGAGGGGCAGAGGGAGACCCAUCACCUUUGUGACCCCGAGAAGGCAGUCUUCUUUGAGCCAGAGCAUCUGGAUAUCUUCCUCCUCAGUACUCAGUCCUCUUGAGGGGAACUGCACAGCCUGUGGUUCUGGCAUGACAAUUUGGGGGCCAGCCCUUCUCGGUAUGGAAACCGGGUAAUUGCCAGGGACGUGGCAGGUAAAAGGAAAUGGCACUUCCUGUCCAACUGUUGGCUGGCCAUGGACCUUGGAGAGAGUGAGCCUGACCGGGUCUUCAAACCAGUCUCAAAGAAAGAACUCUUUUCCUUUAGACACCUGUUUUCCUCCAUGAUUGUAGGAAAGCUCACCCAGGAUCAUCUGUGGCUCGGGAACCAGUUUACAAGAGUCCAGAGGCUCUCUUGCUGCAUGACCUUGCUUCUGUGCGACAUGGUCGUCAACGUCAUGUUCUGGAGGAAAACUGGCACCACUGCCCAGAGAGAUGAGCAAGGUAUGGGUGAGCCCGAUGUUGGGUCCAUUGCUAUGACCUGGUCCCAACUGUUCAUCAGCAUCCAAACCGCUGUCUUCCUCUUCCCUGUCAGUCUCGUAAUCGGGAGGCUCUUCCUGCUGAUCUAGCCUCAGGAACCCCUGCCUCUUUUUCCUCCCGACCAGGCUUCCUGCCUCUCAGAUGCUCCUUGUGAGCCUCUGUCUCACAGAGCAAAUGGUCCAGUCUUUCAUUCUGAAUUAAAGGAGACUGUGGGAUUCCUACUCUGGAGAAAUAUGUACCUACUCUCAGAGUCGGAACAACCUUUAUGGAGUCCUUCCAACAUUAACAAGCAGGUGAAGCUUUUACCCAGCCUCCUCUGUUCUCACGUAGCAGGUCACGGCUCUCAUCAGCGGGCAAGACCCCUUUGGGUAAACGUGGUUCCUGAAGGCCAGCAUCAUUUCUGUCAUUACCUGCUCAGAGUUCUGCAGAGGCUUCAAUCUCACUUAAGUGCACUGGGUCCCACUCAGGCUGACCAGCCUUGUGACAUCCUAGAUGCCACCAGUCAACUGCAAGAACUCCAGGAGCUCUUGGAAAUACAUAUUCUUCCAACAGAACAGGGGCCAUUCAGAGAGGCAACCUGUUCCCCCCUCCUGAGCCCGGAAGAAGGGAAGAAGCCCGUCGCUAAUGGCCUGCCCCGAUGGUUGACUUGCAUCUCCUGGCUCCCUCUGGGUGUCACUAGCCCAGCUGCAGCCUUUUUUACUGCAUUUUAUAGUCUGGAACUGAACAAAGACCAGGCCACCAACUGGGUUAUUUCAGUAAUAUUAUCAGUGCUUCAGAACGUCUUCAUCAGCCAGCUACUAAAGGCGAUCGUCCUCACAUUGUCCAUCUCACUGAUGCGGAACAGGAUGCCGUGUCUUACCAAAGAGAAGGAACAACAAACAAGGAGGAUCUUGGCACUCUUGGCAAAAUGUUCACCAUUACCUGGUUCGAGAGAUAAGAACAACCCCGUCUAUACAGCUCCAGCUUUCCACAGCCCGGGUAAGUGACCAGAAAGAACCUUGAAAGAGAAGAAACAUUUCAAGCUGACAGGAGAUAUUUUGGUACAAAUCCUCUUCCUCAUCUUGUUGAUGACUGCGGUCUACUCAGCACAGAACUCCAGUAGGUUUUACCUCCAUCAAGCUAUUUGGAAGAGGUUUUCCCACCGUUUCUCAGAGAUCAAACUUCUUAAGCAUUUCUACCCACAGGCCACUCACCUUCCUAACCUUUAUGGGGAUUACAGAGGUAUGGACACAGUCCUGGGGCCCCACUUCUGGGAUGCUUCUUGUUCAAAAUUUUCUACCAGUGACCAACACUUUGUCCUACCUUUCUGUCCUAAGAAUCGUUGCACUGAUUUCAAAGACAAGUUUGAAAGGAAGAGGGCACAAGCUUUAAGGACUCUUGACUCCAGGUAUUCUUUGUUCUCAGGUGCCUUCUUCACCUCUCUGAGGCUGGACGCAUCCAAGAGACUUUGGUCUGUUAUCUCACAAGUCCUCUGUUAUCUCCUAGUCUGUUACUACGCCUUCGUACAGGGUCAUUGGCUGAAACAGCAGAGGUGGCGGUUCUUCACUAGGAAAAGAAACAUCCUGGACACGAGCAUAAGCCUCAUUAGUGUCAUCCUGGGUCUUGACAUGAAGCUUACUUCUCUGCAUAAGAAAAACAUAGCACAAUACCACUAUGACCGUAACAGGUUCAUCAGCUUCCAUGAGGCAAUAAAAGUAAACUCAGCAGUCGUUCACCUCAUGGGCUUCCUGGUUCUACUGGCAACUGUUCAGCUGUGGAACCUGCUGGAUCCUAACCCCAGGCUGCAGGUCGUCAGUAGAGCACCCAGCAAAGCCUGGGUGGAACCUGCUGGCUUCCUGCUGUUCAUCCUGAUCCUGCUGACAGGCUAUGCCAUUGCUUUUAACCUGCUGUUUGGAUGGAGCAUCUGGGACUACCAAACUUUUUUCAGCUCAGCAGUGACUGCUGUUGGUCUCAACAUGGGAAUCUCUCAUCACAAGGAGGUUGUUGUUUUAGAGCCAAUCCUGGGUUCUUUUCUGAUCCUCACCAGUGUCAUCUUGAUAGUACUUGUGAUCAUUAACCUUUUUGUUGUCAUCCUCAUGGCCUUUGGUAAAGAAAGUCCCUUAAGGAAACCCAGUUUACCAAGACUAUAUUAUGUUCUAUAUCCACUGUCCUAUAAACACCUGGUCCUCCGCUAUUUAGCAGAAACACUCCAAUGCCUGACAACUCUAAAAGAAGGUGCAUUCACAGAUGGUGCUGCAGAGAGUUUGCUAGGAAUCCAGCGGCACCAGAACACAUGA